GCCGUGACGUACCGAGUGACGCUAGACUUCCUUCAGGGGAAACAAAGGAGCGGGCGCUGCGGCUGGACUUUAAUCAAACCGUCCGCGAAUUAGUGAAUUAUUAUUAUUAUUAUUAUUAUUAUUAUUAUUAUUAGGAACAGCGUCAUUAGUUAUCUGCAGCUCACUUUUUCAAUUGCGCUCCUAGCCAAAAUGAAUCGGUGGCGUGUCGAGUAUACUUGAAUUGAACAGAAACCUUCCGGAGAGCGGCUGUAUAAUUAAUAAAUAACACAAUAAUAUCGAGAUGUAAACAAGACCGGCGUCUGCUGAACAACAACAACAACAAAACAACAACAACAACAACAACAACAACAUCAUCAUCAACAAACAAACAGGCUUGAAUCAUUCUGUCUGCGACGUAACCCGUCUCCUGGUGUGGAGAGGACCCCCGUGUCUGACCAGCCCGUCUCCUGGUGAGGAGAGGACCCCCUGUGUCUCCCAGUCCGUCUCCUGGUGCGGAGAGGACCCCCUGUGUCUCCCAGCCCGUCUCCUGGUGCGGAGAGGACCCCCGUGUCUCCCAGCCCGUCUCCUGGUGCGGUGAGGCCCCCUGUCCCUCUCUCAGCGGGACAGCGGCGUCGGGCUGCCCACAUGGAGCCCGUCUGCGUGAAAGACGAGGUCCUGGACGAGGAGACGCAGCUGGUGCUCAUCAAAGAGGAGGACGUGGGGGACGAGGAGGAGGACGGGGACGCACACCCUGUCCUCGUGAAGCGGGAGCGAGGCGAGGAGGAGGAGGAGGAGUCAGCGAGGAAUCUAUCCUCGCCCUCCCCACCUCCUCCACCCCCGCUCCUCCAGUGGCAGUGCCUGGAACGGCCGGACCCCUUUUCCAAAGACGUGAAUGGGAGGCACCGCGAGGACCGCCUCGCUCCGGACGGGUCCCUGGCCGGGGUGGACUCCCUGUUCCCCUGCCGGCAGUGCCAGCGUUCCUUCAGCUCCUCGUGGGAGCUCACGGGCCACCAGUGCGGAGGCAGCGACGCGGAGAAAGUCCGCUUCGAGUGCCCUGUGUGCGGGGAUCGCUUCGAGCGCCCCACGGCCUUCAUCAUGCACAAGCGCAGCCACGUGGGCCAGUCCCGCUACGUGUGCACCGAGUGCGGACGCACGUGGAAGACCCUCAAGAGGCUGGUGGCUCACCGACGCAGCCACGCCGGGGACAGGCCUCACCAGUGCCAGGAGUGCGGACGCGGGUUCAAGAGAGCCAGGGCCCUUCAGAGGCACAGGAAGGGCCACCACGGGACCCGGGAGAGAGCGGAGGAAGAGGAGGAGGAGGAGGAGGGGGGAGAGGGAGGCAGGGUGCGGGAGGGGGUGAGCAGCCCGGCUGCUUCUCCUCACAGCAGCCUAGACCAGUCUCUCCAGUGUCUGCAGUGCUUCAUGACGUUCCGGGACGUGGAGACCACGCAGAGGCACCUGCGCUUCAAGCACCCCCUGGAGUACGAGCGGCGCCUGCAGGGUCGCACCGUGUUUGCCUGCUCCGUGUGCGAGCAGACCCGCCCCUCCUCCCUGCAGCUCAGCGAGCACCAGCGCACACACCGCAGGUGGAGCCUCCUGCCCCCCGUGGAGGGGGGGGGCAGCGAGGGGGAGGAGCAGCAGAGAGAGCGGAGCGAGAGGAGGCAGGAAGAGGAGGGGGGGCUGGAAACAUUGAGGGCAUCGACAGCCGACGCAGCCCCGCUCCAGUGCCUGCACUGUCACAUCACGUUCAGUGAUCUGCGUAUGAAGGAGCGCCACAUGAGAAGCCAGCACCCCCCCGGCUCUGCCCAGAUCCUGCCGCGCCCCCCCAAGGGCCAGCCACGCCCCUUCUGCUGCACGGUGUGCGGGGAGCGCUUCAUCCACGAGGCCACGCUCAGAGAGCACGGCCGCAACAACCACCAGGGGGCGGGCCACACGCAGUGGGAGGAGCUGUGGACCUGAGGGGGCGGGUCAGAUGCAGUGGGAGGAGCUGUGGACCUGAGGGGGCGGGUCAGACACAGUGGGAGGAGCUGUGGACCUGAGGGGGCGGGUCAGACGCAGUGGGAGGAGCUGUGGACCUGAGUGGGGCGGGCCAGACGCAGUGGGAGGAGCUGUGGACCUGAGGGGGCAGGUCAGACGCAGUGGGAGGAGCUGUGGACCUGAGGGGGCGGGUCAGACACAAGGUCAUUUCAGUGGCAGACAGGGCCGGGUCAGCUCCUUAAAAUGUUAUGUAUUAUUGAAGCACUCUGUAAUAAUAAUAAUAAUAAUAAUAAUAAUAAUAAUAAUAAAGCAAAGUAAACGGU